AUGGAGCUGCCUCCUGGAUGCCUCUUCCUCCUCGCAGCCCUGCUGCCCCUUGCCACGUGGUCUGACCCGGCCCUGCGCACGGCUGGAAGAGAGGAGCCGAGGAUGGCGAAGCCUGGGUACUGCUACCACAUCCCGGAGGUGGAGGACCCGCUGGAUGAGGACUGUGGUGCCUGCCGCAGGAACGCCUCCUGCUCCCACUGCACUGGUGACGCCGGCUGCCCCGGUGACACCAAGUGCUGCCCCAGCAAGUGCGGCUACACGUGCCAGGAGCCGGUGCUGGGCCAGCAGUGCGAGGAGUUCAUCUAUGGCGGCUGCGGCGGCAAUAGGAAUAACUUCGAGACCGAGGGCGAGUGCUUCCAGGCCUGCUCCCACGUUGGUAACUAG